GCCAAACAUCCCUAUCGGAGUUAAUCAGCUCUUUCAACUAUGAAGAAGAGUACCCACUGUCAAUGUUGGAGAUCCCUGAGCGUGACUGGCGGCUCCUGGGGGCGCUGGCCAAGAAGAGAGACCUGGAGAGUGAGCAGGACAGACUAGCUGAGGAAUUCCAUCGCCUGUGGCAGACAGAGAAGGAAGAGCGGCAGAAGAUCGAGAAACAAACGUCCUACCAAUACCGGCGCUACAUAUCAGCUAAACGCGAAGAGGAGCGGCGCUGGACCGAGCGACGGAGGCUGGAGCAGGCCCUGGAGGAGCAGGUCCGGACCGGCCAGCUGGUCAGCCACAUCCGGCACAAGGAGCGCCGGAGCGCCGGGGUGCUGGCUGAGCAGGAUGAUAAGAAGAUAGCCGACCUAAUAGAGAAGGCUACCGAGCUGGACGCGCGGGCCGCACUGGCUGCGGAGCGCCGCACGAGGCUUGAGGCGGCCGAGCAGCAUAGAAGAGACCUGGAGCUAGACGCCAUCAGGAGACGGAUGGACGAGGCACGGAGGAGGAAGAUGCAGAUGAUGAGGGACGCUUCGGAGCGGCUAGCACUAACAAACGCCCUAAACACCUGGGAAGCCACCAUCCUGCGGCAACAGACCCUGGCGAUGGAAGCGUCCACACAAGCACACCACGCGGCCCGCGCCGCCAUCACUGAUGCUCGCACUACCAACGUACUGAGGGCGAAGGAACGCAAGAAACGACGGGCUAGGAAGGUGGCGUCUGUUACUAGGAUGUUGAGGGACGCUGUGAAGGCUGGGUAUUAUUAGGUUUGUAGAA